AUGUCCAGCACUCCUUUGCCAUCAAAGCUCACGCUACUGUCUUCUCUCCCGUCUCAGGACGUCGGCACCAAAGUCCGCUUUCUAGGAUGUGUCACAUCAUAUGCUGCUGCCUCAGGGCAACUUACUCUGCAGCACCGGUUCCCUAAGUCGACCGAGACCCAGGCAUUGGUUGAUGUGCGCCUACUACUCGAGAAGCUCACGGCAGAGCAAACCUCGGUAGGCGCAUGGGUCAAUGUCAUAGGAUACAUAAACUCACCGCCACCAGGGUCGGUGGCUUUGUCUACCAAGCGCAAAAGGGUCUCUCCAAGCGUUCAUGUGCAAGCGCUGAUGCUCUGGUCUGCCGGCCCCCUGGAUAUUGGCCGAUACGAAACGUGUCUGGCAGAUAUUGUAUCUUCGGAUGAGCCUCGAACGGGGUCAAAGAUAUCAAGGAAGACAUGA